GGCGCGGUGACGCCUCGCGGGGGGGCGCGCGUGCGCGGCGCGCGAGCACGUGGCCGGUGGUGCGCCGGCGCGGCGGGGCGCGGAGCGGCGCGGAGCCGAGGGCCGGGCCGGGCCGGGAGCGCCAUGGCGGCGGCGGCGUGCGGCGGGGAGGUGGUGGUGCGGGCCUCGUGCGCCUUCUCCCCAGGCGACCGCCGCUCCCUGGCUGUGUGCGGCGCGGAUGGGCGGCUGCGCGUGUGGGAGACGGCGGGCAGCCGCCUGCAGCACGAGUACGUGCCCUCCGCCCACCUCAGCGCCGCCUGCACCUGCCUGGCCUGGGCCCCGCCGGGCGGCCGGCAGCCCCCCUCCAAGGAUGGCCCGCAGAGGAAAAAACGGAAGUCUGAAGUUACAGAAGUGGACAAGCAGUUAGAUAUCCUAGCUAUUGGCACAGCAGUUGGUAGCAUUUUGUUGUAUAGCACAGUAAAAGGAGAAUUACAGAGCAAACUAGAUGGUGGCCAUGACAAUAAAGUAAAUUGUGUGAGGUGGCAUCAGGACAACUGUUGCUUAUAUAGCUGUUCGGAGGACAAACACAUUGUGGAAUGGAACACACAGACCUGCAAAGUGAAGUGCAAGUGGAAAGCAGACAACAGCAGUGUCAGCUCUCUAUGCCUCAGUCCAGAUGGGAAGAUGCUGCUGUCAGCUGGUAGAACUAUAAAACUGUGGGACCUGGAGACCAAAGAAGUCUACAGACAUUUCACAGGCCAUGCUACAUCAGUUUCAUCAUUAAUGUUCACCACAGUGAAACCUAUGAAUGAAAGUAAGCCCUUUGAUGGAAUUACAGGACUUUAUUUCUUGUCUGGAGCUGUACAUGACCGGUUACUGAGUGUAUGGCAAAUCAGAUCAGAUAGGAAAGAAAAGAAUGCCGUGAUGUCUUUCACAGUAACAGAUGAACCAACAUUUAUUGACCUGACUGUGUCAGAAGUCAAAGAAGAGCCUGUGAAGUUAGCAGUUGUGUGCAGAGAUGGGCAGUUGCAUUUAUUUGAACAUAUUUUAAAUGGUUACUGCAAAAAACCCUUAACAUCAAACUGCACUAUCCAGAUAGCAACGCCUGGAAAUGAUGAGGACUCCACGCCAAAACCAGUCCCUAUUCUAGCAGCUGCAUUUUGCACAGACAAACAGUCUUUGCUGCUUGUGUAUGGUAACACCUUACAGCCCAUCAUAGAGAGAGUGUCUUUGAACACCACUGAAUCCCACGUAUGUUUGAUACGGGAUGUCCAGAAAGUGUUGGCACUUAAAACAGAUGUGGCUGUAACAAAGAUCAAGACGCCUGUUGUGAACUCAGACACCAAAGUUCUAGUGCCUGGAAUCCCAGGACAUAGUGCAUCCGUCAAAGCUCCACCCUCAGGAAAGGAGAAAAAUAAAAGCAAAAGGAAACCAGGAGAGACAGAGGAAAGCAUUGAAGAGCGCCUGGGGGCAUUGGAUAUUGAUGUAAGCAAAGUAAAAACUCCAGGUGGCCUUCCACAAACUGAUAGCUUCGCGGUACUUUUGGUGCAAGGCUUGGAAAGCAACGAUUCAGACAUCUUAAAUAAAGUACUUACCACAAGAAAGGAAGCUUUAAUAAAGAACACCGUAGCCAGAAUGCCUAUACAUGCUGUCAUUCCACUGCUGCAUGAGCUUACGAAGAGAUUGCAAGGCAACCCGUACAGUGCCUCACAAAUGGUUCGAUGGCUAAAGUCUGUUUUUGCUCUACACGCCUCCUACCUUUCCACAUUGCCAGACCUUAUUCCCCAACUGGGAAUGCUAUACCAAUUAAUGGAGAGCAGAGUUAAAACUUUGCAAAAGCUUUCUCGUCUGCAUGGAAGACUCUUCCUUCUCGUCACCCAGGUUGCAGCAUCGGAAAAAGUUCAGGAUGUAACUGAGGUUAAUCAGACUGCAAAGCUGGUGUAUGAGGAUGAAUCCUCGGAGGAAGGGUCUGAUGAUGAGAUGAUUGCAGAUAAAGAUUCAGAUGAAAACUGGGAUGAAGAUGAUGAAAAAGAGGAGCAAUCAGAUGAACAAGACAUGGCUGUUGAAAAGGAAAUCAAUGGCGAUUCUGAUUUGGAACCAGAAAAUGAAAGCGAAGAAGAAUAACAGCAUAAAAGAAUAAACUUUACAGUUUAAAGAAGCGGGCCACCAGAACUCUCUAAUUCUGGAUCAUCUUGUUAGAAGAUGCAUAGUUGCAUAUAGGGAGUGCAGACUCGUGCACAGCCUAUGUGCAGAGGCACAUGUGGGGCACUGUGCAUUUCUGAAUCCAGAAUGUUUAACCACGCCAGCCUUUUCUCGCCCUAUUUCCCUGCGCUUACUAUAGAAACAUUUCUUCCACCUCAUGGUCAGAUUAUGCCUGUCAUGUGGACAUGCAUUUGUAUCUCAAGUGAAAUAAAUCUGCCACCGCUGUUUGUGUGGUAAACUUG